UGAGGCAAAGCAAGUUAAGUUCCCAGAUGACAUGCAAAAGUUGUCCUCUAGAGAGUGGGAGGGGCCUCCGUCAGCAACUUUCUUUCUCUGUUUGAUUUUUAAUUCUCCUCCCAGGAUGACAAGCCCACAGACGGGCCGCAGCAUUAAAUAAAAUGAAGAAGUAAAUUUGAUAAACAUGUUUAUUUAGUGGUGCCAGUGACUUAACGAUGAGUGGAGAAAAGACAGGGAAGAUUGAGAGUGAAGAUUUAUAGAGUUGGUACCAGCUGCAUAAAUGGCGGCAAUGGCAGUGGUGACAGUAUUGGUUACGGGCAGGGUCCAGAGGGGGAAUUCUCACAAAAUUAUGCCAAAUGGGAGCUAGAAGGAAGUUAAAGUUCAUGUCAUUCAAAUCAUAUUAUUUUAAUAAUGAGGAAAUGAAACUCAGAGGGGGGAAAGAGCAUGUCAGAGCAGCACAAAGAGUAAAUAUUACUGAAAUCUAAGUAUCUUAGCUCCAAAUCCAGUACCCUUUUCAAUAUAUUCUACUACUUUUAAGUCUUCUCUGUCCUACAACAAGCCUUGUCCUAUUCAGAUCACUUCGGUUGUAAAGAAAUUGUUCCAGUACUUCUAUCUACAGAUUUAUUAUGAUUUGAAUUCAUAAGCACAACUCCAUAAAAAAUGUUAGUUUUUAUAUAAUUCUAUCCUGACACCUGGUGUGCAGCAAUAUGCCAUAUAUGCAUAGUGUAGAUGCAUAAAACUGCUAGAACUAGAACUGAGAACAAUAACUUUUUUUUUUUUUUUUUUUUACCUUUGAGGAACAGUCUUACCCAUAGAAACACCACUUUAAAAUAUGUUUCUGUCCAUAUAACAAGUUAUUCAGUUAAAAGUUAUUUUAGCUUUCUGUGCUUAUGAAAAGCCUUAUUACGGCUGAAAUCAUAACAACUCUGACCUGCUGGGACUCCAUUUUCUAACCUGUAGGAGUGUAUAAUAUUAAUUCACUCUCAAUUCCUACAAAGAUGAAAGGUGACAUACGAAUAGCACUUAGCUAGUGACAGACAGGAUGUGGAAAUUUCUUCACUGGGACUUUAGGAAACUGAUAUAAAUUCUGAUGCCAUAAUAACAUAAGCUCACCUUGACUGUACCUUUGUGAAAGCCACAACGUUGCGCUAGUUGGUUGGGAAGAGCAGUUGCUGUUAGGUACAUGAUAUUGGUACCUACUAAGAUUUUAGACUGAGCUCCUAUGAAUCAUAUUUAAAGACCUGUCAUACUUUUGUAUUCUGAGAAAACAUUUAAUUAUUUCCACAAAAUAAAGUUUUUGGUGAUCCAAUUCCUAAUUAAGCUUAUGGGAUUUCUGUUGGAUUUCAAAUAGAAAGCUGGAUUGCCUGCUUGGAGCUCUUAGGUGUCCAGAUUUUAGGCCAAAACAUUAUUCUUGCUUUGACCACAUUUUCUUCAGUAACAGAAAGGGGAAAAAUAUGGCUGUCACUUGGGAGAGUGGUUCAUGGGAGAGACUUUAGAAGUAAAAAUGCCUAAGGCUCUGCUAAUAUGUGCCUAUGCUCCAUAGUCCUACCUUUAUAAACCAAUACAUUUGAACUUAACCCCUAUUGCAUGAGUAAACCUUUGCUAGACAAAGUGAAUGAUAGGAAAGUCUAAGAUGUAGAAUCUUCCCUAAGCGAGAUUGCAUUCUCACAGUUAAGCCUAUAAACUCAGUAUGAGUUCAAAGAAGAGGGGAGUGAGAGUAGAGCUGCCCAAUGUGAGGAUAAAAUGGGAGUUGAGAUGUGAUAUUGAGACAGAAGUAAAAUACUGACCUAUGAAAAGGGCUCCAGGUUAAGAGGAAUUUGACGGUGUUUUAAUCAUAACUUUGUGACAUUCUUAUUAUCAGGAACAUCCUUAGAGCCACACUUUGAUUUUUCUUUUUGUUUUUUUCCCUAUUUUUUUCUUCAACUUUAAUUUUAAACUUAUGGUUACAUGUGCAGGAUGUGCAGGAUUGUUACAUAGGUAAAUGUGUGUUACAGUCUUUUGCUGCAUAGAUCACCUAGGUAUUAAGCCCAGCAUCCUUUAGCUAUUUUUCCUGAUGCACUCUUUCACCCCAUAGCCCUCAACAGACUCCAAUGUUUGUUGUUCCUCACUAUGUGUCCAUGUGUUCUCAUCAUUCAGCUCCCACUUUUAAGUGAGAACAUGUGGUGCUUGGUUUUUCUUUCCUGCAUUAGAUUGCUGAGGAUAAUGACUUCCAACUCUGUCCAUGUCCUUGCAAAGGAAAUUAUCUCAUUCUUUGUAUGGCUGUAUAGUAUUUAGAGUCACAGUUUGUAAGUGAAUCCUGUUAUUUCAGAGAUGGUGGCUGAUUUUUCUGCUUUUCUUGUUAGAUUAAAACUCUAUGCUGGUCAUUCCCUUCAGGAUUUGGCACUCAUCAACAGACCCUUCUUUCAAGUGAAAAGACAUCUCUAUCAAUGGUCCUAAUCUUUGGAAUAGGAAGAACUGUAAAUCCAUGACUUACUUUGAUGAAUAUACUGAAACAUUCAAGAUGCUUAGCAACAGUACCAGCACUGCUGAGACUUACUGUAAUGUCACUAAUGUGAAAUUUCAAUACUCCCUCUAUGCAACCACCUAUAUCCUCAUUUUCAUUCCUGGUCUUCUGGCUAACAGUGCAGCCUUGUGGGUUCUAUGCCGCUUCAUCAGCAACAAAAAUAAAGCCAUAAUUUUCAUGAUCAACCUCUCCGUGGCUGACCUUGCUCACGUAUUAUCUUUACCCCUCCGGAUUUACUAUUACAUCAACCACCACUGGCCUUUCCAGAGAGCCCUUUGCCUGCUCUGCUUCUACCUAAAGUAUCUCAACAUGUAUGCCAGCAUUUGUUUCCUGACGUGCAUCAGUCUUCAGAGGUGCUUUUUUCUCCUCAAGCCCUUCAGGGCCAGAGACUGGAAGCGUAGGUACGAUGUGGGAAUCAGUGCUGCCAUCUGGAUCAUUGUGGGGACUGCCUGUUUGCCAUUUCCCAUCCUGAGAAGCACAGACUUAGAGAAGAACAACAAGUCCUGCUUUGCUGAUCUUGGAUACAAGCAAAUGAAUGCAGUUGCAUUGGUCGGGAUGAUUACAGUUGCUGAGCUUGCAGGAUUUGUGAUCCCAGUCAUUAUCAUCGCAUGGUGUACCUGGAAAACUACUAUAUCUUUGAGACAGCCACCAGUGGCUUUCCAAGGGAUCAGUGAGAGGCAAAAAGCAGUGCGGAUGGUGUUCAUGUGUGCUGCAGUCUUCUUCAUUUGCUUCACUCCCUAUCAUAUUAACUUUAUUUUUUACACCAUGGUAAAGGAAACCAUCAUUAGCAAUUGUCCCAUUGUCCGAAUCGCACUGUAUUUCCACCCUUUUUGCCUGUGUCUUGCAAGUAUCUGCUGCCUCUUGGAUCCAAUUCUUUAUUACUUUAUGGCCUCAGAGUUUCGUGACCAACUAUCCCGCCAUAGCAGUUCUGUGACCCGCUCCCGCCUCAUGAGCAGAGAGAGUGGUUCUUCAAUGAUUGGUUAAAAUUAAAAUGUCUCUUUAAUUAUAACUUUGUUUGCCUACGUUCUUUGUCUUCUUUCAAAGGCCAGAAUUGCCAACCAAUUUCUUUAUAUGAACCUUGUAAACAGCAGAAAUAAGUGUUUGUUUAUGUGAUAUUCAUAGUCACAGUGGUGUGAUGAUGAAGGCAGAGUGUGAAAAAUGUGAGAGAGGAAGGGAAAAUAGGUUUACCUGCUUCCUCUUUGAAAUUCAAGAUGCUUUCUUAUUUAAGAAACCUAGAUCAAGUUUUUACAGAUAUAAAUAAAAGUUGAAUAGUUUCCCUUAAUUUUUUUCAAUAAGUUGUUAAUAAUGCACAAUAUAUGAAUUUUUCCUAGUAUGUAAAAAAAUAACUUUCAUAUAAACGCCUUUAUUUCUGAGUGAAAGUAAAAAUGUCUAGUCUUUCUAACAGGUAAAUUUUUCUAACAGGAAAGACAGUGUGAAGAAUUGAAGCAGUAUGUGCAUAAAUUUCAGAACCACAAACCUCUUACUAAAGAAAAGGCAUGGAAAUACAUUCAUUUGUUUAAAAUGUGUUGGAUGCCUGUUGUGCUCUGGGUUGUCACUUUGUUAGGUACUUCUUUUUGUUUGUUUGUUUGUUUUCAUAUGUUAUUGGGGCACAGGUGGUAUUUGAUUUCAUGAGUAAGUUAUAUAGUGGUGAUUUGUGAGAUUUUGGUGCACCCAUCACCGGAGCAGUGUGCACCAAAUUUGUAGUCUUUAAUAUAGUCUUUAAUUUGUAGUCUUUAAUCCGUCACCACCCUCCCACUCUUCCACACAUAACAUCUCAUCCGGCCCUCCUCAUAAACCUGUGUAAGUUGCCAAUACCAAU